UUAUAUUGUGCGGGCCCGGGGGCCGCCGCAGCCGCGGCCGCGGGAUGGGGCGCGCGCGCGGACCCCGUCGGCAGCCGCAGCCGCCUCAGUGACUCGGCCGGUCGCCGCCCCCCGCGCGGCGCCCGCCCUCAGCUCAUGCGCUCGCCGAGCGGCGGCAGCAGCGGGAGAGGCCGCCCCCGCCCGAGGAGCUGAGCGCCGAGCGCCGAGCCCGCGCCGGCGGGAGUCCGAGCGGGCGGGCAGCGUGGGGCGGCCGGGCGCUCCGAGCCGGGGCCGCCGCCGGCGCCCCUGGGAGAUGUGCCCGGAGGAGGGCGGCGCGGCCGGGCUGGGCGAGCUGCGCUCCUGGUGGGAAGUCCCGGCCAUCGCGCACUUCUGCUCGCUCUUCCGCACCGCGUUCCGCCUGCCCGACUUCGAGAUCGAGGAGUUAGAAGCAGCUCUUCACAGAGAUGACGUAGAGUUUAUCAGUGACCUGAUCGCCUGCCUGCUUCAGGGCUGCUAUCAACGGAGGGAUAUCACGCCCCAGACGUUCCACAGCUACCUGGAGGACAUCAUCAACUACCGCUGGGAGCUCGAAGAAGGGAAACCCAACCCUCUGAGAGAAGCCAGUUUCCAGGAGCUGCCUCUUCGUACUCGUGUGGAAAUCCUGCACCGACUCUGUGAUUAUCGGCUGGAUGCAGAUGACGUCUUUGAUCUUCUCAAGGGUCUGGAUGCAGACAGUCUCCGUGUGGAACCAUUGGGUGAAGACAAUUCCGGGGCGCUCUAUUGGUAUUUCUAUGGAACGCGAAUGUACAAGGAGGACCCUAUACAAGGAAAAUCCAAUGGAGAGCUCUAUUUGAGCAGGGAAAGCGAAGGACAAAAGAAUGUCUCAAGUGUUCCUGGGAAAACAGGAAAAAGAAGAGGAAGACCCCCAAAAAGGAAGAAACUCCAGGAAGAGACUACAGUGAGUGAAAAGCCAGAAGAAAACUCCUUGGUAUCUGAGACACAGACAAGAAAUGGAUCCCAAGGGCCGGGUCAAGGCACUUGGUGGCUCCUUUGCCAAACAGAAGAAGAAUGGAGACAGGUCACAGAGAGUUUUCGGGAGCGGACCUCCCUUCGAGAACGGCAGCUCUAUAAGCUCCUCAGCGAGGAUUUCCUGCCUGAAAUCUGUAACAUGAUUGCCCAGAAGGAAAAGCGUCUACAGCGCACAAAGGCAGAGUUGCAACCUAGGUGGAUGUCUGACCACCUGUUCAUCAAAUCCAUCAAGCGAGAGGAGACACCUGUGCUCACCAGAAUAGAAAAACAGAAGCGCAGAGAGGAGGAAGAAGAACGGCAGAUUCUUCUAGCAGUGCAGAAGAAGGAGCAGGAGCAGAUGCUAAAGGAGGAGAGGAAACGAGAGUUGGAGGAAAAAGUCAAGGCAGUGGAAGAUCGAGCUAAGAGGAGAAAGCUCAGGGAAGAAAGGGCAUGGCUGCUGGCACAAGGAAAGGAGCUCCCCCCAGAACUUUCUCAUCUGGAUCCUAACUCCCCCAUGAGGGAAGAAAAGAAGACUAAAGACCUCUUUGAGUUGGAUGAUGAUUUCACUGCCAUGUAUAAAGUUCUAGAUGUGGUAAAGGCUCACAAGGAUUCCUGGCCCUUUUUGGAGCCUGUGGAUGAAUCAUAUGCCCCAAACUACUACCAGAUUAUUAAGGUCCCCAUGGAUAUCUCAAGCAUGGAAAAGAAACUGAAUGGAGGUGUAUACUGUACCAAGGAGGAAUUUGUAAAUGACAUGAAAACUAUGUUCAGGAAUUGUCGGAAAUACAAUGGAGAAAGUAGUGAGUAUACCAAGAUGUCUGAUAAUCUGGAGAGGUGUUUCCAUCGGGCUAUGAUGAAGCAUUUUCCCGGUGAAGAUGGAGACACAGAUGAAGAGUUUUGGAUCAGAGAGGAUGAAAAGCGGGAGAAGAGACGGAAUCGGGCGGGGCGAAGUGGCGGAAGCCAUGUUUGGACCCGCUCCAGGGACUCCGAGGGGCCCAGCCGGAAACAGCAGCCCAUUGAGAACGGAGGGCAGCCGUUGCCGCCCGCGCGCCGAGCCUCCCCUUCUGCGGGCGAUCCGAACAGCAGUUCCUCCCAGCUCCCUCGGGGCGGGGGCGCCUCGCAUGGCCGGGGCUUUUCUCGUCCCCUCUGUUACAGUGGGGUGCCCAGCCAGACACCCCUUUUAAACCAGAUGAGGCCAGCAGUACCAGGAGCAUUUGGCCCUCUUCGAGGAUCAGACCCUGCUGCCUUAUAUGUCUCCCCUAGAGUCCCGGAGCCGCACCCUCGAGAGCCUGGACAGCAGCAGCCAGCUUUUGCCAUGCAGCCUCCUGUUGGAAUUAACAACCAUAGAGGACCCAGGCUAGGCACAGCCGAAGAGAAUCAGGUGUGUGGAGGACUGACGCAGUUUGCUAACAUGGGAUCACACCCUGGAUCCUUGCAGCUUGGGCAGAUGAGUGGCCCCAGUCAGGAUGGAAAUAUGUAUCCCCCAACUCAAUUCCAGCCAGGAUUUAUUACUCCCAGGCACGGUGGGGCUCCAGCCCGACCCCUAGACUUUCCUGAAAGCUCAGAAAUUCCUCCUGGCCACAUGUACCGAUCAUACAAGUACCUGAAUCGAGUGCAGUCUGCUGUCUGGAAUGGGAACCACGGUGCUACAAACCCAGGACCCUUGGGGCCAGAUGAGAAGCCCCCCAUGGGGCCGGGACCCUCUCACCAGCCUCGUACUCUUGGUCAGAUGAUGGAUUCCCCAGUGAUGAGACCACCUCUCCCUCCAAACCAGUGGACUGAACAGUCAAACUUUCUACCUCAUGGAGUCCCUUCUUCAGGGUAUAUGCGACCACCCUGUAAAUCUGGUGGACAUCGGUUACAGCCACCUCCAGCCCUAGCGCCCAGUCCUCUCUUUGGAGCUCCCUCCCAGGCACUGCGGGGUGUGCAGCGAGGGGCCUCCAUGAUGGAUAGCCCGGAGAUGAUCGCCAUGCAGCAGCUGUCUUCCCGUGUCUGCCCACCAGGUGUGCCUUACCACCCCCGACAGCCCGCUCCCCAACACGCGCCUAGCCCCUUCCCACCAGCUGCUCACUCAGCAUCAGUAAGUGUGUCUGCCCCCAAGCCUGCCUUGGGGAACCCUGGGAGGAUGCCGGAUGACAGUGAGACACAAGAGCCUGAGAAUGACCGAGCAGAUCCCUUGCCUGGGCUUGAGGAGAAACCACCAAGUGUCGGUGCAUCAGAGGGGGUGUACCUCAAACAACUACCUCACCCCACGCCUCCUCUGCAGACCGACUGUGCCAGGCAGAGCUCUCCACAAGAAAGGGAAACAGAAGGCCCGGGGCUCAAAAGCGACUCCUUGGAAUCUGGAGACAACUGUAAAGCAACAAAGGGCAAGAGUCCCUGGACCACAGAGAGCAGCUAUGCCAGCACAGCAGCCCAAGGGUGUAUGAGAGACCUCGCCGGGCUGGCGGAGAGAGGGGCUCUACCCGAAAACGGAGUGAUCGUUGAAGCGUCCCCGUGUGGGUCAGAGGGGAAGGGCUUCAGUGGUAGUGGUUCAGAAAAGCCACUGUGCCCCAGAGGCAAAACACUGCAGGACACCAUGCCAUGUACAGGACAGACGCCAGCUACGCUUCCUAACACAGACCCUAAUUUGAUGGGAGGCACCAUAAGCCAGUUUUCUCCCUUGUACAUGCCUGGCCUGGAAUACCCAAGUUCAGCUACACAUUACCACAUCACUCCAGGCCUGCAGGCUUUGGGCCCUGUGAUGGGAGGUAAACCCUCAGUCUCACACCCUCAGCAGUUUCCCCCUAGGGGCUUUCAGUCUAACAACCCGCAUUCGGGGAUCUUUCCCCGGUAUCGCCCCCACCAAGGGAUGAGGUAUUCCUACCAGCCACCACCUCAGGCUUCCUACCAUCACUAUCAGCGAACUCCUUAUUAUACAUGUCCACAGGGUUUUUCUGACUGGCAGAGACAUCUCCAUCCCCCGGGAAGCCCAAGUGGGCCCCUACCUAGUCAUCCUCUGCCACCAAGACCCCUCUUCUCAGAUAAGAGCGCCAUGGCUGAUCUCCAAGGCUGUGAGACACUGAGUGCUGCCUUAACCUCCCCACCCCGAAUGGAGGCGGUGGCUGCCACGGUGGUCACCACUGAGGGGCAGAAUCCUGGUCCAGAGGGAGAGAAGCUGGAUGAGUCUAUGGAGAGGCCAGAAAGUCCCAAAGAAUUUUUAGACCUGGACAACCAUAAUGCAGCUACCAAGCGACAGAGUUCAUUGUCAGCCAACGAAUAUCUUUAUGGAAGUCCUCCUCCCCCUCUGAGUUCGGGGAUGGGGUUUGGCUCAUCUGCUUUCCCACCCCACGGCGUGAUGCUACCGUCGGGGCCUCCUUACACCCCUCAGCGGCCGGCCAGCCACUUCCAGCCCAGGGCUUACUCUUCCCCUGUGGCUGCUCACCCUCCUCGCCACCCAGCGGCCGCCCAGCCCAAUGGCCUCUCUCAGGAGGGCCCCAUCUAUCGCUGCCACGAGGAGGGCCUGGGCCACUUUCAAGCAGUAAUGAUGGAACACGUUGCCGCUGGAAGUGGAAUGAGGGGACCUUUCCAGGACAUGUACAGACCGUCAGGAAUACAAAUGCAUCCGGUCCAGGCACAGGCCUCGUUUCCAAAGACCCCAGCACCGGCAGCAUCGCAGGAAGAGCUGCCACCACAUAAGCCCCCAACACUUCCCCUUGAUCAAGGACAAGUCAGUGUGCCAGGCACGGUGCUGAGAGCUCCUACGUGCUGCAUCCCACUCAGCCUCUUCAUCGACCCUGAGAAGCAGUCAUCAUCCGCACCUCAGCAGUCUCGUCAUUCCCCGAUGUGCAGGGAGUCCUGCAGCCUCUGAGCUGGGGGCUGCAGUUGGAAGUGGGAGGCCCAGAACUUAGAGCUCACCCUCCGAGCUAGUCCAAGGAGGAAAUGACCCCCAAGGAAAUGGAAAGCUGCACAUGAAGACUGGAACAAGGAGAAUCUGGGGGAACCAUCUCCCCCAUCACUGUUCCUCUCACCCCGCUGCGCCCUUCACCAUGCAUCACUUCAUGCCAUCUCAUCGCUGGACCAUUCCUGAGCCCUGGAAGCACAUCCUUCGAUAACCGACACACCGCUGCUGAGGUCCUGGGUUGGGGAUCUCUCAGAUGGCUGAUAGUCAAGAACAAAUGAACUGGAACCAGUGAUGGCUUUUCUGAGUCCCGAGACUCUUGUUCAGGGAAAAUCAUCUUAAACUUGGCAGGGGGGCAUACUUAAUGGAGUGGUGCUUGUAAACCUUCAUGAGCAGCUAAACUCAGGUAUAUGUUUGGGGAAGGGACUACUUGUAGUAUUAAUGUGUUUGGAGCUGGGUCCAGUUUACAGAAUUUUCAUGUUGCCUUUUAAAAUAAUUUUUGUUGUUGGUGGUGAAUGUAUUGUACAUAGAGUGGGAAGGGUGGGUGGGGAUGUGGAAGAAAUGGAAAUCCUCACUGGUGGGCACACCGCACUGGAGUGAUCCUUAUCUGUUUACAAUCAUGUCACGCUGAAUACUUUGGGGAGCUGGAGACGAGGGUAGGAAAGGUUUGCUCGUGUGACAUGGCACUGGGUUUCCUCAGUGGCCAGCCAUCCUUUUAGUGCUCAAGGCCUUCUUUCUAGUCAGCCCAAGAGAGUACUGUUACACUGCCCCCAACAGCUCAGCUGCUCAGUUUGGAGGCAGAGAGCUCUCACGGCCUUCCAGAAGCUUCAGCCCAGAAGACAGGCUGCCCUCUCCUCUGGUGGCCCAAAUCCUGGAUAAGAGAGCAGUGCCCUUCCUGAAUGCCACCAGCCCUACCAGAUAGUAGUAAACAGUAUCAGGAAUUGGGAUCACUAGAGUGUUUUGCUUAUUAGAGGAUAAAAGGAAUCGCCCUCUUCACAGGCCUCCAGACUGUGGUCUGGAAGGCGCCAGGCAAAGCUUCUGGCACAAGCCACGUUGUGCGUGAGUGACUACUCAGGUCUGUGUAUGUUAGUAUCAACAAAGAAAUUGCACAGUUUUGAAUAGGAAAAAUGUAUUUUAUAGAUUUACAGUUUGGAUUUAGGAAUAUUUCAAUAUAUAUAGUUUUUAUUCAGUUUAAGUGAAUCAUAGUAAAAUAAGUCAUGGUGAUUUAAAAUAGCUAUCAGGAGCAAGUUCUUGGAAAUCAUUUGUCGUAUCUGUGAUAGCAAACAAUUUUACAGUAUUAAAUUACUUUAUUACAGUUUUAGAAGUGAAUUACACUGGAUUCUCCCUGUUUAGCAUUCUGUAUUUGAUUUUAGCUGAGAUGCCACCAAAGUUAGGACUCAUGUUUUAAACUUUUGAAUAUCCCACAAAGAAAAAAAGAAAAACUAAGGAAAAUGCCCUGAAAUUACAGGUUUUGUAAAGAAUAGCAUAUUUUUAAGCAUGCCUUUGGGAUAGUAGAAAACCUUCCGUAUAAUAUUAAUCUGUCCUAGUUUCUUAUAAAUUCACCUGUGUGAGGGUCAGUAGAACCCCUCCCUCCAAUUCCAGCAUCCUUGAUGAAACAUGGAGCUGGCAUGUUUAAAGUUUGCUAAACAUAGGCUAUCAGUAGGAAAAGAAACAAAUGGGAGACGUCUGUGUGAUACAGCUGGAACCCAAGUCACCAACUCCAGUAUAAUGGAAGUUAGUACAAAGAAGCGAGUGCUUACUGACCUGGCUGACGGCUCAGGCAGGAUGGAGAGUUGGAUCGGGAACACAGAUGCCUUUAAGAUCACAAUGCACAAAAAUACCACUGUUUCUCUAAUCGACUUUAAUUUUAAAUUUGGUGUGCUUUUUUUAAGUGGAAUGAGUUUUGAGACUGUGUUCUCAUUUGAUCCUGAUUCUUGUUAGAAACUAUCACAUCGUCAUCUGGUGUUUGCAGGAAGAAUAGAUGAGGAGGUUCGUGGACAGGCUCAGUCAGCCCUUGAACUAGGGAAAGGUGGCGUGGAGGAAGCGUUCCUACUUCCAUGUCCGUGUGUGCAAAAGCAGGGAGGAGGAAAGACCAGCUGGUCUUUACAGCUAGUUUGGGCGUGGUUAGACCUGGUCUAGGCCUAGAGCAUUCUGCCACCGACGGCCUUUCUCUUUUCACAGUAAAGCUGCUUUGAGAGGCCUCUGGCUCCUCCCUGACUGGGAGCACAGGAACCAUGGGGCCUUUUCCCUUGGUGCUGGAACUACAGGGGAUUGCUUUGUGCCGAAUCACCCUGGGGCACAGGUAGGAUGGGCUGAAAGCAGUAGGUGAGCUGAUUUGUACCUGUCCUUCCGCCCUGGUGGUGUUGGAGCAGCUGUGUCCACACUGUUCUAGGUAACCCUUUCUCCUCUCUCCCAGCCCAUUCCCCCAAUUACCUGUUGCUAGAGAGAAGCUGUGAACAAUAUAGAACAAAAACAGUAAAUUCUUUUAUUGUUAAUCUCCCUUCUUGGUAUGUAGGGAGGUGAGAAGAAUACUGAGGGAGAACAGUAGGAGAUUGAACUGCUGUGAACACAACACUGUGAACAAGGGCAGCAGCAGACCCGCAGUCCUGCUGACCCCACGUGGGACGGGUGUGCACACAGGUGCCAGUGCUUUGUCCUUUGUCUGCUGUGUCUUGAACCUUGAGUGGUCUUCAAAGUGCCGAUCUGCUGAGAGCAGGCGGGAGCUGCAGGGUCACAGGAGCACUGGAUGGAGAGCUGCCUGGACCAGUGUCCUGCUCUUCUGCCAGGCGGGCCUGUCUUUUCACCUCUUCUUUCUCCUCCAGCACUUCUUCCCAAGUGUCUUCAGCAGGCGCAAGCGCAUUUGCCACCUUCUGCACUCGGGAUUCAUGGAUAAGUGACAUGCUGUAACUGGACAGGAGUGCGUAAGGGCAUCCUGAAAAGCCUCCGGCCUCAGUCGAGAAGGCCUUUGACACUGCGGCUCCCUGCCACCUGUUGAUGUGCCGGCUCUCGGUGGUCCCCACAAGGGACAGCUGAGCUCCAUGGGUCAUGAGAAAUGCUCUCACACCUGUUUGAUUGAACAUCUAGGGCUGACCUUGAUUUAGAGUUGCUAAUAAGUUCGAAACUCUUUCCCCAAGACCCAAGAGAAAUAAAAGACCCACAAAGAAAAGUAGAGCCUUUGGGAAGGUUUCCACUUUGGGUUUUUUUUUUUUUCCCAUCAGAGUCUAUUCAUUUAGUUUUUGGCUAAAAUAUAUUAUAGUAAAUGUAUAUGGAGAAUAAAUAAGGACAAAAUACGCAGAUUCUUACUCAUAACUUUUUCCAUCUCACUUUUUAAAAGUAAAAUUAAACCUGUUCCAUCUCACCUUAGUCGGAUUUGCUUAGUUCUUCUGGUGCACACAAGCACACAGCUUAUUAUUAACAGUUCUUUGUUAUUUUAUUAUUGAGUGAGCCCAAGUGGGCGAACUGUAUAAUGCUCAUCUUCCUUUUUAUGUUUAUUGAAAACCUUAAGACCAGUAGUUUGUGCCCCUUGAAGUUCAGUCAAACCUCAGCAAUAAGUGUCCGUUCCUCCUGGCCUCAGGCCGAGACCUUGAAAGUGCUUCUUGUGACUAGCCCUUUGGCGUCCUUAUCCCAUGGCCUUUAUCUGCUGUAUUAUUAUUACUGUUUAUGUUAAUUCCUGCUGGAGUGAAAGAGUACACUAAAUGCUGUCCAAAACACAAAUCUUCGUGUGGCCCUCAUCACAGAUGUUGGAAAAAACUUCUAAUCUGUACUACUUUGUUGAACUUUCUUCUUCUUUUUUUUUAAUGGAAGUUCAAAUCUAUAAAUAAUAUACUGCUGUUAAGACCUAAUUUGAAGUUUACAGGAAGUCUUAACCCAGCAGUCCCAAGGCAAGGACAAUUAACAUAGUGUCUGGACCCUAACCGGCUUUCAGAGAAACUGUCUUCAAGGAAAUGAAGGGCUUAGAGUUUUCUAGCAUCAUUGCCUGCUUUGUGCCUGUCUGUCAGUUCACCGCCUGCCAGAUACUGCAUGGCCCCAUCCUGGGAGUCAGCUCCGUGUGAGAGUGUGUAUGUGUGUGUGUGCGUGUGUGUAUGAGAGAGAGUCGAGGACUGCUCAGCCCUGGGGGUCUCUGGGAUGCAGCAUGCCUACAGCUAGCUCUCUGUUCAGCACUUCAGUGCGGACGUUGGGAUUUGGGUUGAGCGUACAGAGGCUUUUAUUCCUGGGUUCCCAUCCCUGUCCAGGAGCUGAGAAUGUGACUGAGAUGUGCUGUGUGAAAAGGAACCAGGCCCUCUUUGGCUCUUUGGGUGGUUGAACUCUGUACCAUGUCACCUUAGGACACUGAGCCUUGCCCUGCUUUCCUUUUGGGGAAGCAACUUGGGUGAACACUUCUGCAUCCUUUCUCUCAUAUGGAGUCGUGACACAAAGCUUUGUCUCCAGGCUGGCUGUGUAUUCCUCUCUGUGCUUUGUAGGGCUUUGCUGAAUAGACAUUUCGGGGGACUGUCUCCCUGGCUGUUCUCUCUCUCUGCACAGGGGACUCACUGAACUUCGAUGUCGAAAUGCCCGAUAACCAACUGGUUGUCUUGCAUGUGUUUGAAAAGGGUGGGGUGGGGUUGGGAACAGGGGUGUGGGUAUUGAGUAAGUUACUGAAAUGCUGAACCUGUUCGAUAUCCUCUAUGACCCCUUCUUUUCCCUUGCCGGGCUCGGGUACCUCACUCUCCUGCCUUGCACACAGCUUCUGGAGCCCAGGCCAGUCUCCCCAGCCUGCCAUGCACAGUGUCAGGGAUUCUUUGCUCCUGCUGCAAAAGCCGUGUGAACUUUCCUGGCCAGUAAUGGAAAGGGGAAUGCUAUUUAUUUUUAUAUUGUGUAUAUUUUGUCGUGGUCUGCUGAUUCCCUGUUUCACUGAGAGCGACACUUACCUCAAUAGUUAGUUCAAUAUUGUGUGUUGGAUAAUUUUUUAAGAGAACUUUUUAAAAAGCUUUUGAUCUUCAGAGGUCUGUAGAUUUAUUUCCAUAUGAACUGGUUAUUUUGUAUAAAGUACAUUCUUAAAAUAGCAA